AUGCCGUCCCUCCUCAAGCCCACGAUAGCCCUCGUGGCCGUAGCAAUGACCGUAGUGCCAGGCAUGAAGACCAUCGCGAAAGCACAAGACCUCAAAGGCCUCCCAUCAUGCGCCUCGCCCGCCCUCUUCUCCGCCAUCGAAGCAUCAGGGUGCGGCUUCUCGGAAAUCAAAUGCAUCUGCUCACACAAGGACACCAUCUUCCCUGCUGUCGCCUCCGCGAUCAAGGACGCUUGCGAUCCUGCUGAUGAAGCUGCGAUACAAGCGCUGGCGUCGACGUACUGCGGUACCACUUCCAUCGCCACAUCGGCGGCCCCCACAGCGACGCUGAAGCCCACUGCGACGAGUGAGAGUGGGAGUGCUACGGCUGUGUCUGCCAUCACGACGUCGAUGGUCGCCGGAUCGCCGCUGACGACUGAUACUUCGACCACGAGCUCGACCACGUAUCAUAAGACCAUGACGUACAGCACCACGUCCACGACGAUGCCGACGGAGACUGGCGGGGCUGCGGAGGUUGGUAUGAGCGCGGGUGCGCUGGCGGUGGUCCUUGCUGGCCUGAGCUGGGCCUUCGCGGAGUUGUAA